CAGGAAGAGGAAGAGGUGAUGGGAGUCGAACUUCUUAAAGCCAUGCCCCUGGAUUCAGUGACUUUCACGGAUGUGGCCAUAGAUUUCUCUCAAGAGGAAUGGGAAUGGCUGAAUCUUGCUCAAAGGACUUUAUAUAAGAAAGUGAUGUUGGAGAACUACAGGAACCUGGUUUCAUUGGGUCUUUGCAUUUCUAAACCAGAUGUGAUCUCCUUAUUGGAGCAAGGUGAAGACCCCUGGAUGAUGAAGGGAGAGAGGACAGGAGGCCUCUGCCCAGACUUGGAGUAUGUUUGGAUGACCAAGGAAUUAUCUCCAAGCCGGGACAUUUAUGAAGGAAAGUUAUCCCAGGCAGUGAUACUGGAAGGACUUCCAAGCUGUGACCUUACCUGUUCCACAUUAGGGGAAAACUUGAAAUGUGAAAACCUGUUUAAGAAGGAGCUGGUAAGUCAGAAGACACCUUUCAGUCAAGAGACAGUCACUCAUAUUGGUACCCUUAUCGAGAAAAGAGACCACUUUAACAAAUCGGGGACACUUUUACAUCUGAAUAGAUUAUCUUAUCUAGAGCAGGUAUUUUCCAUAGAAGAGAGAAUAUAUAAUUUUGACACAGAUAAGAAAAGUUUAAAAACACAUUCAUUUGUCAAAAAACAUAAGCAAGUCUUGGGAGAAAAGAAACUUCUGAAAUGUAACGACUGUGAGAAAACUUUCAGCAAAAUCUCAACCCUUACCCUUCAUCAGAGAAUUCAUACUGGAGAGAAACCCUAUGAAUGUGUUGAAUGUGGGAAAGCCUUCAGCCAGAGUGCCCACCUUGCUCAACACCAGAGAGUUCACACAGGAGAAAAACCCUUUGAAUGUACUGAAUGUGGGAAAGCCUUCAGUCAGAAUGCUCAUCUUAUUCAGCACCAGAGAGUUCAUACUGGAGAAAAGCCUUAUCAAUGUAAGCAAUGUAACAAAGCCUUCAGCCAGCUUGCACAUCUCGCUCAACAUCAGAGAGUUCAUACUGGAGAGAGACCCUAUGAAUGUAUUGAAUGUGGGAAGGCUUUUAGUGAUUGUUCAUCCCUAGCUCAUCAUCGAAGGAUUCACACUGGAAAAAGACCAUAUGAAUGUAUUGACUGUGGGAAAGCUUUCAGGCAGAAUGCUUCUCUGAUACGUCAUCGGAGAUAUUAUCAUACUGGAGAGAAACCAUUUGAUUGCAUUGAUUGUGGGAAGGCUUUCACUGAUCACAUAGGACUUAUUCAGCAUAAGAGAAUUCAUACUGGAGAGAGACCUUACAGAUGUAAUGUGUGUGGGAAGGCUUUUAGCCAUGGCUCAUCCCUGACUGUACAUCAGAGAAUUCAUACAGGAGAGAAACCUUACGAGUGUAACAUCUGUGAGAAAGCCUUUAGCCAUCGUGGCUCACUUACUCUUCAUCAAAGAGUUCAUACUGGAGAAAAACCCUAUGAGUGUAAGGAAUGUGGGAAAGCUUUUCGGCAGAGCACACAUCUUGCUCAUCAUCAGAGAAUUCAUACUGGAGAGAAACCCUAUGAAUGUAAGGAAUGCAGCAAAACUUUCAGCCAGAAUGCACACCUUGCACAACAUCAGAAAAUACACACUGGAGAGAAACCGUAUGAAUGUAAGGACUGUGGUAAGGCCUUCAGCCAAAUUGCACACCUUGUUCAACACCAGAGAGUUCAUACUGGCGAGAAGCCUUACGAAUGUACUGAGUGUGGGAAGGCCUUUAGUGAUGGCUCCUAUCUUGUUCAACAUCAGAGACUCCACACUGGCAAGAGACCAUAUGAAUGUCUUGAAUGUGGAAAGGCCUUCAGACAGAGGGCAUCCCUGAUUUGUCACCAGAGGUGUCAUACAGGCGAGAAACCUUAUGAAUGUAAUGUUUGUGGGAAAGCCUUUAGCCAUCGUAAAUCCCUUACACUACAUCAAAGAAUUCAUACAGGAGAGAAACCUUACGAGUGUAAGGACUGUAGCAAAGCCUUCAGCCAGAUUGCCCAUCUUACACUGCAUAAGAGAAUUCAUACUGGAGAAAGGCCCUAUGAAUGUAAAGAAUGUGGGAAAGCCUUCAGGCAGAGUGUACAUCUCACUCAUCAUCAACGAAUUCAUACUGGAGAGUCAUCCUCGAUUAUUCCCUCCUCCUCACUCCCAUACCACCAAGUCCUCUAG